AGCCGGUUUAACAGAUUGAACAGAACAAAGAAGUAGUAAAACAAGCUGGAGUGGAGCGAUGCGUCAGUUUAGUGUAAAUUCAUGAAGAACUAAUGCGACUAACUGAAAGAGCAGGAAAAUUAAACCUCGGUUGUUUAGAUAUCAGUCGUAGCCUACUGCUCAUUCCUACUCAGUCCUACAUCAUUAUUGCCACAUAAUAGCUGUUAUUACUAACAUUAUUUUAUGGUUACUUUUGCACUCCAUGAAGAAAUGCCUGGUGUCUUGAUUUUACUCAUGACUUUGAUCUUUUCAGUAUCAGCUUCCAUAUGCAUAGAGCCCCAGGUUGGACAAACCACUGUUAAAGGUCAUGCUGUUGUUCUCGUCUGUGAAUCCAAACUGGACUAUGAAAACUCAACGUUUACUUGGACUAAAGAUAACCACACUUUAGAACCAGGCCCACGUAUUCGAAUGGAAGGUGAUGUAUUGUGGCUUUUAAACACUACACUAUCUGAUGGAGGCCUUUAUAUAUGCCAAAGCACCAACUCAACUUUCAGCAUGAAAUCACAAGUGUUCCUGUCUGUUGAGGACGGACCUUGUCCAAGUCCCAGUGACAUAAACCUGGCAAUGGAGGAAACCAACAUCACUCUUUCCUGUACUGAAGAAUUCGUUCCAUUUCUGGGCCAGAGAUUGCAAGUGCAGUGGUGGAAGGACUGUAAGUCAACAGGCAUACAAGGCAGCGAAUUGAGUCUUUUGAACGUAUCCAUGAGCAACCAAGGCAACUACACCUGUCUGGUCAUCUUUAGAUACGAAGACACAAACUACACAGCAUCUCGCACCUUUCAGCUCAUAGUGUUAAAGAAAGAGCCUGUGAAAGAGCCUCGAGUAAUACAACCUCGUAACGAGACUCUAUAUGUCAAGCAAGGUGUGGAAAUUAAACUGGAGUGUAAUGUGUUCAUUGGUUUUGGAGAGGAAGCAAAGUCUGAAACUUUUGUGUACUGGAUUAUAAAUUACACUUAUACUGAUUUAUACCCAGGCCUUCAGCAGAACCUGACCGUAGAGAUAAGAGAGAAUUCUUGGCUGUAUGGCCAUUUAACAUUGUACAUUCCCAAAGUUUUGCCUGAAUUCUUUGGUGUACCUUUUCACUGCAUCAUUUUAAAUCCCAGUGGAAAGGACGUGGGUGAGGUGUGGCUCAGCCAAGAUGAAAAUAUGAACCACACGUGGCUGAUUUUCAUUCUGCUCCUCAUAAUCGCAGCUGUUGUGGGGGCUGUCCUAUUGAAUUUCUUUAAAAUAGACCUAAUUCUAGCCUAUCGUCGUCUUUGUGGAAAAGACAAAACCAUUGAAGAGGGUAUGCUAUACAAUGCAUGCGUGUUGUACCUCCAUGGCCAAAGUCCUGGUUCCUCUACAGCAGAGGACUUGGCUCUGAGGAUCUUACCUAGGAUGUUGGAGCAGCAGCAUAACCUCAAACUGUUCAUACAAGGCCGUAACACAGACACAGAAGUGAGUAUUGCCAACAUAACUGAGGUGUUGAGCCAGAGCAAGGUGGUGGUGCUGAUCCUUCCAGGCAAUAAUGGAGAUGAGAAUUUGAUUACACUAAGUCAAGGCCAAAGCAGACUUGAAGACUCACAACUCUCAGUCCUUUUUUCUGACAUUGCUCACUCCGGCGUCCCACUCCUGUUGGUGGAGAGUGAAGAGAAUGCAGAUUAUUCGCUGCUGCCAGAAUCUAUCCAGACCAUCAUUAAAAAAGAGCGCGUGCUGAAGUGGAAGCCAACUGUGCAACCCAAUGGCCGUUUCUGGAAGCAGCUCAGAUAUCACAUGACCUGAGAACAUAUUUCUGUAUAACAGCAUGCAAUAAUAAUAAUAAUAAUAAAUACACAGUUAAAAUUAUACUAUGCUAAUAUACUGUACCUUUGCUUAAACUAUGCAAAUACUGUUUUGCCAUAUUAAAAAAUCUGUCUUUAUUACAUUUUACAUUGUAUUCUUUAAACAGAUACUGUACCAUGAUAGUUAUCAAACUGUCCAGUCUUCAUAGAGUUCUACUUCUAAUAAAGAUGUUGCUCCAAGUACAUUACUGUAGCUUUCGGGGUACAACGGCUUAUCACUGGGGCAGUACCCUUUAAGGUACUUAUUUGUACCCUUUAUAUACUGCUUGGGAACAUAUAUGUACCUUUUUGGCCCUAAAAUGGUAUACAUAGUUACCUUGAGGUCCAAUAAUGAGCCUUAAAGGGUACAUUCGUGUAGACUGGACCUUGGGGGACAGAAAUGGACUCCUACCGUACCCCUAUUUCUGACAGUGUACUAAUCAGAGUCUAGACACUGACCAGAAAGAAAUUCAAUGUAGCCCAAGAAACUAAGAAAUGUAAACCUAGAAAUAAAACCAGAAGCUUC